AUGCUGUACCUCGUCGGCCUCGGCCUCGCAGACGAAAAGGACAUCACGGUCCGCGGUCUCGAGAUCGUCAAGAAGGCGGAGCGCGUCUACCUCGAAGCCUACACAGCCGUGCUGCUGGUGGAUAAGGAAGUGCUUGAGUCCUUCUAUGGGCGCCCAGUAACCAUCGCCGACCGCGAAAUGGUCGAGUCCUCCAGCGACGACAUCCUCGCCGACGCAGACAAAGUCGACGUCGCCUUCCUCGUCGUGGGCGAUCCGUUCGGAGCAACAACGCACACGGACCUCGUGCUGCGCGCGCGCGAGCUCUCCAUCCCCACGCGCUCCAUCCCCAACGCCUCGAUCCUGACCAGCAUCGGCACGACGGGCCUGCAGCUGUACAACUUCGGGCAAACCGUGUCGAUGGUUUUCUUCCUGGACAAUUGGAAGCCCGCGUCGUUCUACGACCGCAUCGCGGAGAACGUGCGGAUCGGGCUGCACACGCUGGUGCUGCUGGACAUUAAGGUCAAAGAGCAGUCGCUGGAGAACAUGGCGCGCGGGCGCAGGAUCUACGAGCCGCCGCGGUACAUGAGCGUCGCGCAGUGCGCGCAGCAGAUGCUCGAGGUCGAGGAGGACAUCAAGCGCGAGGGCGUCUAUGGCCGAGAGUCGCUUGCUGUGGGCGUUGCGCGGGUGGGUGCUGAGGAUGAGAAGAUAGUUGCCGGCACGCUGGAGGAGCUGUGCGAGGCUGAUCUGGGGAAGCCGCUGCACAGUCUGGUGCUGCUUGGUAGGCGGACGCACGACCUGGAGAGAGACUUCUUGCUCGAGUUUGCGGUUGAUAAGGAGAAGUUUAGAAGUGUGUGGGCGAGGGACUACGAGGGCAAGCAGUGA